CUCAGCCCAGGAGGUCACUGUUCAUGCAGAAUUUCUAUUCAAGAAUUAUGUUAGAACCUGGAAACUUUAGCUCAGUGGAGGAAGAAAGAGAUUAUUACAAAGAUUUAGCUGCCAAUUUUGAAGCCAAGUAUCAAGAAACCAAGUUAGAAUUGGAAGAGUUUCAAAAAAGCAGUCGAGAACUUAAAGCUGAAUUAGAAACGCAGUUGGAGCAAACAGAGGCACGAAACAAAGAAUUGAAAACUCUAUCUAGUCGACUUCAAAUUGAAUUUGAAUCCUUAAUGAGACGUUCUGAUGGAUCGGACCAUAAGCUGCCAGCAGCAGGUGAAAUGUCCGAGUCUCGUUCUGGAAGCUUUGAAGAAGAAUCCCUUAGGACCCGACUGCUGCUGCUAAGAGUCUCAUUAGAUACGGAUAAACAAGAGAACACGAUGUUGCACUUGGCAGCAAAAGAAGGGGAUGUGGAGGUGGUGAGAAACCUGCUGGCCAGAGGCUUCAACACCCGGGCCCUAAAUAACCAGGGAAAUACGCCCCUCCACUUUGCUCUGUUUCCUUUCGGCGACACUGAGCAAGCUAUACAUGGCAGGGAACAGGCAGCGGAGCUUCUGGUUGAUUGGGACAGUGAGAACGACAUCCAAAAUAAAUACGGACGAACCCCUCUUGAAAUUGCUGCAAAUGAGGGACGCAUCGUAAUUGUAAGGAAGCUGCUUGCUGGCGGAGCAAAUGCAUGUCCGUACAGAAAUGUGAGACCAACCGGUUACGAUUUCGUUUACGGUAUACCGACGCCCCUGUAUAGCGCAAUCUGUGAAAGGCGGGAGACCAUCGCGGAGCUUCUAGCCGAUGCUGCUGGCAGCGGAAUUGAAAUCUCAUGUGAGAAUGGGUGGACGCAUAUGCAUCUCGCUGCCAACAUUGGGUUUGCUGGAACUUUGAGAAAGUUGUGGUGUAGUGGCGCGCACCCACAUGUUAAGAGUAAGAGUGGAAAAUAUCCACUGGAAGUGGCUAAGUCUCAUGUUGUGAAAGUGAUUCUUGCAAUGUGUGCCCUAAAGGGCAUUACCAUCGACUGGGAAGAGUUGAAGCUUCGCCAGGACAUAAAGCAGCACCACAUGCAACAGCUCUCCAAGUGUGAAACUGAGAUCAAGCGGAUGAAGAAAGCCCGGGUGUGUGAAUCGGGGGUGUCAUUCUAUGACAUUGCAAGGCAACACACGAGCAAAGUCGCAUCCUAUGUCAGAAAUGAAGUUAUCCUUCGUGGUUUAAGUGAUGAUCGCCUGACAAAGAGAUUUCCCAACUAUAUCGACUUCAUCGCUCUUAAAAUGAGGAGGGCCGAGGAGAGGAGGGUACUCAUGGAUCGGUGCCUGGGAUAUUUCUCCCUCCUGUCCGAAGAUAGGUCUCCCUUGCCGUGGACGUGCGUGGACACCGUGUUCAAGUGCCUGAGUGAGUACGACAUGAGAAAGUUUGUCAGGGCUUUCGAAUUCCAAUCUUGGACACUUAAAUGGCAACAAAACUGCUAAAGCGUGAACACGUGCUUUCUUAUUCUUACCAUGUGGUUCAGCUCAUCUGUAAAACGAUUUCUGAUUGUGAUUAUUAAA